GUUGGCAUCCAGACCCCAGGUUGAUCACCCCUGCGUUAUCAUGAUUCUUAUAGUUAUGUCUGCGAUGUUGGUGACUGUUUUUGCCCAACCUCAAGUUCAGAAGGGUACUGACCCCAUACCGAUACUCAAACAAGAGUUUGAAGGGCCUAACGUGGACGGGUCUUAUAAAUGGCUAUACGAAACAGGCAACGAGAUAAAUGCCGAGGAGUCUGGUUAUGUGAAGAACUUCGGCCAAGGGGAGGGCAAGGAGGUGCAGGUGGCCGAGGGGAAGUUCAGCUAUAAGGCGCCAGAUGGCGCUGUUAUAGCGUUGUCGUAUAUUGCGGACGAAAAUGGAUUCCAACCUCAGGGUGACCAUCUGCCGACUCCACCACCGAUUCCUCCGGCAAUUUUGAAGGCUCUCGAGUAUUUGAAGACUUUGCCCCCUACGGAUACACAACCUCAGAAUAAGCCAUUUCAGCCUAAAAGAUUUUAGUACGUCACGAAUAAAUUCAUAAGAGUUAGGUAAUGAAAUUAUCUACCAA